AUGGCAGACGACGAUCGCCGUGCCAAGCGAUCCCGCUUUGAUCAGACUGAACCCGAACCUCGUCGCUCCCGAUUCGAUCGUCGUUCGCGAUCUCCGUCCACGAGGGAACCGGAGUCCACCCGUACUCGCAGUCCUUUGAGUCGCGAAGCGCGCAGUCCUGCAGGUGAUGGAGCAUCAAAGCCAGUUGUAUCCGAUCCUGCCGCAGCAGCAGCUGCCGCCGCCGCAAAGAUCAAUGCCCAGUUGCAGGCAAAGAAGGGUAUCCAACAUGUCGAUGUUCCACCAAUCCGCUCGACUGAUAGCCCCGGCAUGAAGUCCGACGAAGGCAAUGGCGACGGCACAAGAAAAGAUGUGUAUGUCACGGACGGUGACUACAUCAAAGACAUUGAGAUCAAUGAUUUGCGCAAUCGCUAUACCCUCACCAAGGGUUCUACUCAACAAAUGAUUAAAGAUGAAACUGGCGCCGAUGUCACCACCCGAGGAAACUAUUACCCCGAUAAGAACAUGUCUACUGCAGCUCACCCUCCUCUUUAUUUGCAUGUCACCAGUACCACCAAGGAAGGCCUCGAGAAGGCCAUCCAAAUCAUUGACGAUCUCAUGCAAAAGGAAUUGCCCAACCUGAUCGACGAGCGACGAUUCCGCCGACGAGAGCCUGAGCCCGUGGAACGGGAUGAGUAUGGCCGCCGCAAAUGGCCCGACGAGCGCAUCCCGAUUGACCUUGAACCCAUUCCUGGAUUCAACCUACGUGCCCAGGUCGUAGGCCAAGGUGGUGCAUACGUUAAACAUAUUCAGCAAAAGACUCAUUGUCGUGUUCAAAUCAAGGGCCGAGGAUCUGGCUUCAUUGAAAACAGCACUGGCCGAGAAAGUGACGAGGCGAUGUUCCUGCAUGUCGCUGGACCGGAUCCCAAUGAUGUCCAAGCUGCUAAAGAGCUGUGCAUAGAUCUCCUGGCUAACGUGAAGGAGCAGUACCAAAGCUUCAAGGAUAACCCACCCCAGCAUAACUACGGCGGUGGAUACCGCGGUGACCGCUACCAGGGUGGUGGCGGUGGCGGCGGCGAUCGAGGUGGUAGAGAGGGCAACGGAGGAUAUGGUGGAGGCGGCGGUUACAACCGUCGUAAUGACUACCAGCAGCAACAGCAGCAGUCCCCAGGCGCAUCUGCCAGCCCAAUUGGUCAGGGUGCUGCCGCUUCUGCCGCUGCAGCCACUACAGGUGCUGCCAGUGCGACCAACAUGGCUGAUUACGCUGCCCAAUACGCCCAGUACUACGGGGGAGCAGACCCCUAUGCGGCCUAUGGUGGGUAUCAAAACUAUGUCGCAUACUACCAAUAUUAUCAAGCCGCUGCCGCUCAGCAACAACAGCAACAGCAGUCAUCCGAGGGAGCUCCCCCACCUCCUCCGCCGGCUGGUGAAGCUCCUCCUCCCCCUCCCCCCGGAUCUGGAUCUCCUCCCCCUCCUCCCGGUGGAGGCAGUUACAGCGCGGUCCCUCCUCCCCCUGGUCUGUAG